GAAAACUUGAAAUUUAGACUAUCUCUUUUCUUUUUCAUUAUUUUAUUUUUAACCCUCAAAAACCUAAAAUAUAAAAUAUACUGCAAUACUCUGGGAAAUGGAAUUCCGUUCCCUAUUUGGAAUUCCUGAACCCAAACCUAAUAUUACUAAAAUUACAGAAACCCUAUUAGAUAUACUCUGAAUACCGCUCUGGAUCAAUAAGAGAGAAAUCUUGAAUUUCAAUACUUGUUAUUGAUUGUUAUCUCAGAGUAUGCACAGAUCCGGAGUCACAAUGGCUUGGAAUGUAUUCAAAUUUUGUACGGCUUUACGUGGUCUUGGUUCUAUAAUGAUCUUUCUUGUUCUUGGUAUUAUUAGUGUUACUUACUAUGCUGUUGUAAUUACAAAUUAUGGUCCAGCUUUGUUUGAUGGUGCUCUUGAUUCAAUUAUAUCUCUUUCUGUCUUGAUUCCGUUUCAUUUCCUGCUGGUGAUGUUGUUGUGGAGCUACUUUUCAGUUGUUUUUACAGAUCCUGGUGGUGUUCCUCCAAAGUGGAGGCCUUCUGCUAUUGACGAGGAGAGCGGUGAUAUAGAUCCUAUGGUAGGGUUAGAAUUUGAUGGUGCAUCUUCAGGUUUGCAGCAAUCUUCUAUGCUUGGCGAUCCUGCAAACCCGGGAGUUCGAAUUUGCAGGAAGUGCAAUCAGCUGAAACCGCCUCGUUGUCAUCACUGUUCUGUUUGUGGGAGAUGCAUUUUGAAAAUGGACCACCAUUGCGUGUGGGUUGUCAACUGUGUUGGAGCAUUAAACUAUAAGUAUUUCCUUUUAUUCUUGUUCUAUACAUUUCUAGAGACAGCUAUGGUCACCUUGUCCUUGUUGCCUAGUUUUAUUGCCUUCUUUUCUGAUGGAGAGAUACCUGGUACACCAGGGACACUUGCUACGACGUUUCUUUCAUUUGUGCUGAACUUAGCAUUCUCAUUGAGUGUUAUGGGAUUUCUAAUCAUGCAUAUAUCACUUGUGGCGGGUAAUACGACCACUAUUGAGGCAUAUGAGAAGAAGACAACUCCAAAAUGGAGAUAUGAUCUUGGAAGGAGAAGAAAUUUUGAGCAGGUGUUUGGCACAGAUAAAAAAUACUGGUUCAUCCCUGCUUACUCAGAAGAGGACCUUAGACGGAUGCCUGCACUUCAGGGUCUUGAAUAUCCGUCAAGGCCCGAGUUGGACAUACAAGGAUUUGAACAUCUUCUUUCUGGGUAGAUCGUGAAAAGUUAUUUCUCCGUGAAGCAAAGCAUCCAAUUUCCUUAUACAAAGCAUGUCUGUCGGCUGGACACACAUAGCUUUUGCCCACUGAACAGAUUCUGAUGGAUACUUGUGAUUGCCAUCUUCGGUCCGUUCUUUCAAACGGAACCCACUGAGAGACAAGCUGACCAUAUUUGUAACAUAAAUUACCCAACCCUAUGUCCUGUCGGAAUGUUUUCGUUGUAAGAAAGGGAAGAAUCAUAGUCAUUCGAGGGUGGAUAUUACUGAACUCCUCAAGGAACUUUCUGCUCCUGCUGGGUUUCUUUCUUUUUUCAUGUUCUGUUCAUAAGUGAGUUGCUUGUUUAUGUUGGAGGUCGAAUAGAAUUGAAAGCAGUAGUCUGGCAGUAUUGAGCAAAAUCAAGGUUUUCUUAGGUUGUAUCUGUUUUUAGUGAAAAUUGUUUCUCAUCCAGUUGGCAAAAACUGUGAAAUGCGAGGAUGAAUAUUUGGAUUAUAGUCUUCUGUUUUUGUUUUGAACACCUCUGUGAAGACAUACAUGAAGUACUCGUGCA